GAGCUCGUUGAUUUCCCUGACUCGUCGCUUCCAACGCAUUUCGAUGCUCGCCUCAAGUGGCCUCAAUGUCCUUCGAUUUCACGAAUUCCAAACCAAGGAGGAUGUGGAAGUUGCUAUGCAGUCGCAGCUGCAGGAGUAGCAUCGGAUCGAGCCUGCAUCAAGUCGAACGGGACGUUUCGAGCUUCACUCAGUGAAGAGGACAUACUCGGUUGCUGUGCGGUCUGUGGCAACUGCUACGGUGGUGAUCCGUUAAAGGCGCUCGUGUACUGGGUGAAUGAGGGCGUCGUUACCGGAGGAAGAGAUGGCUGCCGACCGUAUUCGUUUGAUCUGUCCUGCGGAGUACCCUGUUCACCUGCCACAUUCUUUGGCGCAGAGAAAAAUCGGAUUUGCAUUCGGCGAUGUCAAGAUAUCUACUAUCAAAACAACUACGAAAACGACAAGCACUAUGCAUCGUUGGCGUAUUCAAUGUAUCCUCGAACUAUGACGGUGAGCAGUGAUGGCAGUCUCAGAGCGCAGGUUCCAACUAUAAUCGGCCACCUGAACAAAACCUCAGACACUCCAAUGACUCUUACACAGAUUAGGAAUAUCCUGAAGAAAGAAAUUUCUUUAUUUGGCCCUACAACGAUGGCAUUUCCAGUGUCUGAAGAGUUCCUGCACUACUCAUCAGGGAUAUUCCAACCAUAUCCUCUGGAAGACUUCGACAAACGAAUAGUUUACUGGCACGUUGUUCGAUUAAUCGGUUGGGGUCAAGCGGAGGAUGGAUCUCACUAUUGGACAGCCAUCAACAGUUUCGGUGAACACUGGGGAGAUUCAGGUAGGAAAAGUGAAGUCAUUUCGAAUAUCGGAACUCGAGAAAGUCAAUGA